AUGAGGUCAUCAACUUCAUCAGGAACAACUCGAGAUUCUUCCAUAAAUUUAUCGUUUGGGAAACAAACUUUAAAAAGGAAGAAUGAAAAUAUAUCCGCUAUACCCUUUCUUGACUUGACAUCAAAUGAAGACUUAAAUGAUCGUUACAUUCUUAAGGAUGUAAUUUCAGGUCUCUCAAAAGAUUACUUGGACCAUGGUGAUGAGACUCUUGUGUGUGCUAUCUGUCACGCAAAAUUACGGAAAGAUGAAGCCCAUCCAGGCAAAGUUGAGCUUCCUGAAUUAAAAGAAGCGCCUCCAGAAUACCUAAAUCUGUAUCAUCAGCUUGAUCCCAAAUCCAAAUAUUUCAUGAAGAAUAUUCGUCGCUUCAAUUCGAUGUUUUCAUUUACUUCAAUGGGUGGAAAAAUUGACUCUUCCAUUAACAAAGGCAAUGCUCCGUACACUUUCAGACUUAGAGGUCAAAAUUAUCAUACUAUGGGAAGUUUGUUACCUUCAUAUGGAUCCAAACCAAAGUUCUCUCAACUUUACAUAUAUGAUACUGAAAAUGAAAUUUCACAUAGACAAAACACUUUCAGUAAUGAAAAAGAUGGGUGUAUAUCACCUUCUCAUUCACUUGAUAUCGAGACCAUACAGUUCUUGAAGGUUAUGUUGGAUUCAAUAAAUGAGCUGGUUAAGUGGUAUAGAAGGGCAAGAGAUUGUUUUUCUGAAAAUCCUUAUAUGGAUUUAAAGUUACGUCUUAUAGGAAGAAGGCAAACAGAUGGACGAACGUAUAACCUACCUACUGCUUCUGAGGUUGCUGCCUUGAUUGUUGGUGACAUUGGUGAUUCAAUUGAUAAUAGAGAUAUCAUUGUAACAACUCAAUCAGGACGUCUACAACGUUUAAAUGAAUUACAUCCUGCAUACCUUGCUCUUCAAUACCCACUACUCUUUCCUUAUGGAGAUGAUGGAUAUAGAGUUGACAUCCCUCAUAGAGGUGUUACGCCUUCAACGGAUACCAAACGACGCAACUGUACAAUGAGAGAGUUCUUUGCUUAUAGAAUUCAAGACAGGGUGAAUAUUUUUUCAUUAGUUUUGAAUUCAAAAAGACUUUUUCAACAAUUCCUGGUUGAUGCCUAUACGAUGAUCGAAAGUGAACGGCUAUAUUACGUACGCAACCAGCAAAAAGUUCUUAGAUGUGAAUGUUAUGAAACUUUGCGUAGCCUACAAAGUCAUGGAAAUAAAGAUAUUUCCAACAUCAGAAAACGUGUCAUCUUGCCUUCUUCUUUUACGGGUAGUGCACGAUACAUGAUACAGAACUAUUUAGAUGCUAUGUCUCUUUGUAAGUGGUAUGGGUACCCGGAUUUUUUCAUAACCGUAAUAUGUAAUCCAAAGUGGCCAGAAAUUAAAAGGUUUCUUAAGGAUACAAAGCUCAAUCCUACAGACAGGCUAGAUAUCCUAUCUAGGCUAUUUAAAAUGAAGCUCGAUUCGUUGAUUACAGACUUAAAGACAAAUGCAUUAUUGGGUUCAGUCCAAGCAGUUGUUUACAUGGUGGAGUUUCAAAAAUGCGGCUUGCCUCACGCCCAUAUAUGUCUAUUCAUGCACUGUGAUUACAAGUUGCCUACCGUUGAACAUAUUGAUCGAGUUAUUUCUGCUGAAAUUCCAAACAAAGACGUGGAUCCGGAAUUAUAUGCACUUGUCAGCGAGUUCAUGAUGCAUGGUCCUUGUGGUGGUGAUAAUCCUAAAUGCCCAUGCAUGAUUGAGAACAAGUGUUCAAAAAACUUCCCGAAACCAUUCUUAGAUCAUACUUCUGUUGAUUCUAAUGGUUAUCCUAUAUACAGGAGACGUAAUGAUGGUUCAUUUGUUGAAAAGUCGGGUGUGAAAUUAGACAACAGAAGUGUCGUUCCAUAUCACAAAGUCCUUUUGAAAAGAUAUCAAGCUCACAUUAAUGUUGAAUGGUGCAAUCAGGGUGCUUCCAUCAAAUAUUUGAUUAAAUAUAUUAACAAGGGUCCUAAUAGGGCUACCAUGGCAGUUAUCCAAAGCAACAAUGCAGAUGAUACUGAAGAUGCAGUUGAUGAAAUAAAGAACUACUACGAUUGUAGAUAUUUGUCUGCAUGUGAAGCCUCGUGGUGGAUAUUUGGAUUUGACGUCCACUAUAGGUAUCCUUCUGUUGUUAGACUUCCUUUCCAUCUUCCUGGAUAG